UAGGCGCUUGCCCCUCACGUUUAGACUUCCAAGUCCUUCUUUCUUGCCCAACAUGUCUCAGUCCCAUUCACUAAGUAUAUCCAAAAAUCUUCUGAAAAUGAAUUUUAUGAAAAGAAGUCUUAUAACAAACGAGAAAAACAAUGCAAUUAACAGUAGCAAGGAAGGUUUUGACCCGCAGGAUGGGGGUUUUUCUCUACCUCCUUCUGUGAAAAUCAAAUUGGACCUAACAGCCAAAGCAUUGAAACGCGGAAAUCUUGUUUGUAAUGCACCUAGUCUAUUCAAGUUAUCAUCAGUACCCCCUGGCUUUCGGGAAAGUUAUUCUGGCUUCAACAAAAGUUUCGAAGAGCUUCAAAAGGGUACUGAUUUACCAAUGGAGAUGGGAGAUAGUUCUUUCUCAUGUGAUAGCUCUUCGCGAACAGUGGAAACGAACAGGAACUUAAAGAGACGUCGUGCAGUUCCCGGAGGCAACCCAGUAAAGCAUGCGAAAAUAUUUUAG